GGCGGGAUUGCCAGUCCCAAGAGUUCAGAAGUCCUGCCUGGGCCCCCUCCCCAAAACAAUGAGAUUAUGGGAGAGUAAUGAGGGGUCUCAGGGUAGCAGCCGCGUUAGUCUGUAUCCGCAAAAAGAACAGGAGGAUUCCUGGCACCUUAGAGACUAACAGAUUUAUUUGAGCGUAAGCUUUCGUGAGCCACAGCCCACUUCAUCGGAUGCAUCGGACCGCGCCGCGGGGAAGAACAGCUGCACUCGGACGGGAAGGCGGGGCUCCUUCCCCUCCCUGCCCAGCGGAGGGACUCCAGCCAGGAUGUCCCUUUGCAGCGGGGGGAGUUUAGCAACUCAACGCCCUUAUGGGAAGAUGCAUUGACCCCCCUAGCUCACGAAAGCUUAUGCUCUGAUAAAUUUGUUUGUCUCUAAGGUGCCACGAGUACUCCUUUUUAUAAAAAUAAUAUAUUUGAGGUGGUUUUUUUUUCCUCUUUGCCUUCUGGUUUCUGAGUCUCUAGGGGGCACCUAGAUCAGGCUUUCAAGCUUUUCUGUGACGUCAUGGGGGCUAGACUUUUUUUUUUUUUUAAUGAAAACUGGGAUGUUCACAUGACUCCAGGAACUGGGGCUUUAAGAAAACCACCACUCGUGAUAAAAUCACAACGGUUGUGUAUAGGGGAGGAGUGAUGGGAGUCUAGGGAAUUAUUUGAAGUCUGGAAGGUGGGUCUCGGUGCGGCAGCCCGUUGGGUCAGAAAGAUGCCUGCUCCAACAUCAGAAUUUUGGAACUACGUCCCGGAAGAAAUCCUCGUCCGUAUAUUUUACUACCUGUCUCUCCGAGAUAGAUACACAGCCUUCCAAGUGUGCAAACAUUGGGCCGCAGCUGUUUCCACUAGCUCCGUGUGGCAUUUCACAGAGAUCAGUUGUGAUUCGGAGAACGAGGAGGGCAUGCUGCAGAGUUUACACCAGUUCCUGAGCCAGAUCAAACACCUGAGGAUUGUGUUUGAUCAGUCCAAGGAAAUAAAUCGGAAGAACGUCACCCACAUUCUAGACAUGUUGGCCAGGCAGAACUGCAAGCUGCAGAAGCUAUGCAUUGUGUGCAAAGGUGAGAACCCUUAUUUCUACUCCGGCCAGGACAUCCUGCAGAGCAUACGAAAUAUAUGCCAGAGAGAAAACCAAAUAGACCUUCAGCAUAUUGAUUUCCGGAGAAUGCCGUUCACCCUGGAUGAUGGGCUUGUUGGACUCAUAGCCGCCAGCAGCCCAAACCUGCACAGCUUGUUCAUCAACAAUCGCACUCUGGUUUGCAACGUGAAGCCAGAAACCAUCCAAGAGGUUCUGACUGUAUGUCCUAAGUUGUCUACCUUGGGAGUCUACUAUGCCAGCCUGUCUAACGAUGUGUUUGCGGAACUGAUCAAGCCAGAGAGAGGGGCUUUCACACGCUUAGAUAUUUUUUGUGAGCGCUUGGACAAAUAUAUUCCAGUCAUCUCUGAAGAGCUUUGGGCUGCCGUGAUCCAGAAGCAUCCUCAACUUUGCGUAGACCUGGAGUUUGAUCACACAGUCCCUGCCUGUAAGAUACCACGAAUCCUAAAGCCCAAUAUACCCGUGGGUACUUUACAACUGAAUACUUUUACGUACAUGGUGAACCAGGUUAGGUUUGUCACCAGCAGUUACAGUAGGACCUUAAACAGGCUGGUGCUCCACACGACCCCCUCGGACGAUUUGAAUUCCUCGCUAAUAGACCUGGCGAGGAAGUGUGUCAAUCUAACAGAGAUUCAUUGUUACUGUGUGGUUAGUCAGGAGGUGAUAGAUACCUUCCUCGUACACUGCCCCAGUCUGAAACGAUACACUCUAAAGAUUACCAAAGAACAUCACCCCUGGAAACCGACAGUAGUUCAGUGAUGUACCUGUUUGACUAGUAGCCAGUUUGGAAAAAACAUGUGGAUACAAAGAUUCCAAGUGAAUGGAGUUUGAAAUUUUAGGGUAAUGCCUCAAAAACCACAUCCCAUACUACGUCGUCGUCAUGAUCAUCAUCAGGAAUCCCUCAAAGUCGAGGAUGAUUGUCUUUCCAUGGAUUGUCUAUUUCAAAUUAUCUGUGGAUCUGCUGAUGGCUGAUAAGGCCUAUUCUGGUUUUGGUUUUAUUUCUUGAUUUAUGAUUUCAUAGGGGGAAAAUCAAGCUAAUUUUAAAUUAAACCAGUUUGUAAAAACAAAUUCCCCAUUUGGUUUGGGUCUCAUGUGGCAGGUUUCACGCUGAUGGAAUUUGGGGCAAAGCUCUCUGAAGCCAGAACUUUCUUGGCAGCUGAUUUUUUCUUUGCAGCAAGCACAGCUGAUUGAUCACAGCAAAACCACAUUAAAUGUCACGCCCACCAAAAAACCACUCUCCCAGAACUCAUAGUAAUUUACCUUGUCCAGACACCCCUUCUCACGCUUUCAGGUGCCCUUCACGUCCGCCUCUGUUCAGAGCAGCAGGGAAAGAGUCACUAAAAAUUCCUCCUGGUCAUGUGGCUUUACUGAGAGGCAGCUGAAGGCGAGAAACCAGCCCCCCAGUUUAGCACUGCUGUAAUCCUAAUACCAGGAGCAAGGAGUUUAAGACAGAAAGGGUAAAAUCUGGCAUGAUGGUAAAUCACUGAGGCUAGAUCAAACUUAUGUCUGAGAAAGUACAUUUCCCUAUGUGUUGGGGUUGUACCUCCCCUUCAGGUUUAGGAAUCAAUGUUAUUGGCCAGAGCACUUGCCAGUCCUAUGUGCCUGGGUUAGCAGCAGAAAGCUGUAACUGAGUGCUAAAGAAGGAAUUGUGUGCUCUCAUCAGAUGACUCGGUGAACCAAUCAAGUGGGUUUAGGGUUGUCUGUUUCAGGAGAUCUCUUUGCUCUGACGUGAAAUGGCUUUCCAUGCCUCACAGUGAAUGCAGAACUGUGCACCAAGGUUUAUGUUCCUCAUAAAAAUAUAACAUACAAGUCACACAAGGUAGCUGUAAAAAAGCGCAUCCUCUAGUCCUGGUCUUGGGCCCAAUCAUGCCGUCUUUGAAGAGCCACAAAAAAUUACCAGGAUUGUGAGAAAUGCAAGCCUAUUUGGGGGAAAGAAAUUCCAGCUUUUGAAGUUGUUUUCGUUUCAAAAGGUUUGACGCUGAUCCCUUAAUUUUGUUUUAAUUUUUCAUGAGUGUUUUUUUUAAAUCCUCCCCCAAAUUUUGUAUUAAACUGGUUAUUGACAUUUUUCAUUUGCUCAAAACUUGGUUUUUGGUCAAUUGAAGAUUUUGUAAUGCUGUUUCGGGGAAAAUAUUGAAAAAAGCGCACACAUAUGUUUAAUGACAUUGUUCACUAAAAAGUGGUUUGUGAACAAAAAAAUUAAUUUAACAAAAAAGCAGACUUGCUCUAUUUCUUUGGGUGGGUGUGACAUUAUCUAAUUAAAAUAUGACCAUGCAAAUCAUUGUUGCUACUGCCACUGUUAUAUAGUUGCAACAAAUCUUAUACAAAGUGUGAUGCAUGGCCAGAAAGGGUUAAGCAUCCUGCAGGAUAAAUGACCCAGAUUCAAUCUUUAAAAACAUGUUAUAAAAGUAUAUAAAUGGUAGUUAGGCUAGAACUUUGAAAUGCAAACUUGUAUUAGAGGUGAUACCAAUUUUAUGUGUUUACUUAUAUCAUGUAAACAGACAGAUUCGGAGAUCAAAAAGGAAUAUUAUCAUUUAGAUGAAUCUUGGGUGAAAUAAUGUCAUUGUCUAUAAGUCUCUUUAAAGUUUGUGAUAGACUGCCUAAUGGAUAAAUUUCCGUAUAUUAAUCUGUGCAGCUAAUUACCAGGGAUGCUUAGGAAAUAGGUCUACUUCAAAAUCUCCAUAAUUGCCUAUUGUUCGCCUGAGGACUUCGAGCUGUCAAAGAAGACCUGAAACUGUGUAAGAACAUCUAGGGUCCUGAUCCUUUUUAUCUUGGAUCUGCUUCAUGCAAGGGAAACUUAAACCCAAGAUUGAGAUCUCUAGUCCUAAUCUGGAAUCACCCUGACUAUGAACAUUGAACUAUAAACUAUGGACUAUUUCUGAAAGAACUCUUUGCAACUACAAAGCUCACCAUCUCUUCAAUGAAUCUAAUCUCAAGAACUGUACUCAUGUUUGUACGUAUAUGGAUCUUUUAACCAAUACUCUCUCUCUCUUUUCUUUUUUAAUACAUUUUAAUACAAUUUCCAGAUGAUGGUUUGAGAAUCUCAUGCAAAGACCUCAAAGGAAACCAUUCCUGAGCUAGCUGUGCCUUCAUUCCCCUGCUGGCGUCCCUUUGGAAAAGCACUAAUGCUAAUGACACUCAUGUUCUCCUCACUCUCUUCACAAGGGAGCUUUCACCCUUCAGGGAGUGAUAGUUACUUCUCACUUCAACAAAACGUCCCACAAUCCCACUUCUAUGUGAGCUGGUGUGUGUGUGUGUGUGUGUUUAUCAGUCAAAUGUGUCAGAGAUCCCUGGUGCAUAGUAGAGAGAGAUUUUUAAAGCUUGAUUUGGUUUGAAAUGAUCCUGGGCUCUGAUUACAUUGUCAUCAAGUGCCCAGGAAACAACAUGUAGUGGACUGUGUUAACACAACAAAUAAAGGGUGAGACUGUGAUGCUUUUA